UUGCCACUUCAUUCUAUAGAAACCGCGUAUUCCGAGGACGAAGAAGAAGACGACGUCGACAAUCACAAGAUCCACAAAUCAUCCAACUACUACAAACGUCAGGAACAGAAGGCCAAGUUAAAGUCGCUUAUUGAACGGGUUAAAGAGCUCCAAAAAGAUGAAGAAAACAGAUUUGUAGAGGAGAAGGCAAAGCUUAAGAAACUCACAGCUCAUGCCAUGAGUACUGCCAUUCCAUCCCGUGACUUACUCUUGAAGCUCUACAGGAAGGCAACCGAGUGUCCAAUAUGUUUCCUCUAUUACCCUAAAUACCUCAACGUGUCACGGUGCUGCCUUCAGCCGAUCUGUACUGAGUGUUUUGUCCAGAUCAAACGGUUGGAUCCACAUCCUCCUCACGACGACAGCUCGAACCAGCCUGGUUCAGAAGAGUUACCGCAUACUUUAAUCUCCGAGGCUGCUAGUUGCCCUUACUGUGCUCUGCCGGACUUUGGAGUCACCUACGAUCCUCCUCGUUUGAUCAGCACAGGCAUCAAUGGUGCAAUUAAGGCAGGUCAGUAUACGGAUCCGUACCGGGCUAUUCCGGAAGAUAUCGAAGUGACAUCUUCGCCAGAUGAGACCCCAAGAAUACCCAUUGAUGAAAUGAGGGUGAUGCAAAAAGGUGCGAACGCGAAUGGCAGAAGGAGAGCAUCUCUAGCAGCUAAUGCUCCAGGUGUGAUCCAUGUAGAUGCUAUCAGACCUGACUGGGAACACAAAUUGACUUCUGCCAGGAACAAAUUGGCUAGAAAGGCUGCUACAGCUAGUGCAAUCCAUGCAUCGAAUCUCAUUCUAAAUGAUGAUGAAGACGAUGUGCCGACAUCCAGCUCAGGUGGAAGGAGACGGUUCUCGGCUCCAACCAACGAUCCCAACAGCAGAAGAAGACCAAGCGCUAAUGGUACUAGUAAUCACUUGCGUACAGUAGAGGAAAGAAUGAUUGAAGAGGCGUUGCGUUUGUCGAUUAUUGAUGAAGAAGAAAGAAAAAAGAAGGUGGAAGUCGAGCAGAUAAAGAAGAACCGGAAAUGA